AGAUGCGCUCGCUGUAUACGUUCCAGGUCACGGUGUUGUGCUGAGAGACGCUGCGACUUCGUUUGUCUGCAGUGGUGGAAUUUUCCCAGCAACCUUUUGUGUCCUAAGCGGUAGCUGUCAAAAUGUCCGACGACGAGGACGGGCCUCCGGUCGUGAAGAGGAGCCGUGUUUACUAUGGAAGCCUGGAAGAAAAAGAGCGUGAGCGCCUGGUCACAGGGGGCAGCAUGUCAUCAAGAAGUAGCGCGGUGAAGGCGGGGAUUGAUGCAGGGAACAUCAACAUAUCCUCAGGAGAGACUAUGGAGAUGGAGGAGCGGGUCAACGAGCGUCAGCAGGAGGCGCUUGCUGCGUUUGAGCGGCGGCGGCGAGCACGACAAAUCACGGUCUCCACUGACGACGCCGAGGUCAAGGCAGGCCUCCGUGCCCUUGGCGAACCAAUCACAUUGUUCGGAGAGGGACCAGCUGAUCGUCGAGAGAGGCUGCGAAGUGUCCUCUCUGUGGUCGGUCCAGAUGCUCUGAAAAAGUCCAGGAAAGACGAAGAACGAGCCAAGAGGUCACAGGAAGAGUGCCAGCAAACAUGGUACCACGAAGGCCCCACCUCCCUGAAGGAAGCUCGCCUCUGGUUGGCCAAAUACUCUCUGCCACGGGCAGUGGAGCGUCUGGAGGCUGCACGUGCUCAGAAGGAGGUUGCCGAGGCAACCAAGGCGAUGCGGCAACAAGAGCAGCACAAGAGCCUGAGGAGUCUGAACAACUUCUGCAGUCAGAUCGGAGAUGACCGACCAAUCAGCUUCUGCCACUUCAGCCCUGACUCCAAAAUGCUGGCCACAGCUUCCUGGAGUGGUCUGUGUAAGCUGUGGUCCGUCCCCGACUGCAGUCUGAUCCGUACACUCAGAGGACACAACACCAACGUCGGUGCCAUCGUCUUCCGUCCUCAGGCCGGAGUCUCUCUGGACCACUCGGACGUCAGCCUGGCGUCGUGUGCAACUGAUGGGUCAGUGAAACUGUGGAACCUGGAGAGUGACGAGCCGGUGGCUGACAUUGAGGGUCACGAUGAGCGCGUGUCACGGGUAACCUGGCAUCCAUCUGGAAGGUUCCUGGGAACAACCUGUUAUGAUAAAUCGUGGCGUCUGUGGGACCUCGAGGUUCAGGAGGAAAUUCUACAUCAGGAAGGUCACAGCAAAGGAGUCCACGACCUGCACUUCCACCCAGACGGUUCACUGACAGCUACUGGAGGCCUGGAUGCAUUUGCUCGUGUUUGGGAUCUUCGAACUGGACGCUGUGUCGUUUUCCUUGAGGGACAUUUGAAGGAGAUUUACAGCGUGAACUUCUCUCCCAACGGGUAUCACUUGGCAACAGGAAGUGGUGACAACACCUGUAAGGUUUGGGACUUGAGAAACAGGAGGUGUCUGUACACAAUUCCCGCCCACCAGAACCUGGUGUCUGCUGUCCGCUUUCAACCCACUGACGGUCACUUCCUGUUAUCCGGGGCUUACGACAACACGGCCAAAAUCUGGACUCACCCUGGGUGGACGCCUCUGAAGACUCUCGCUGGACAUGAGGGGAAGGUGAUGGGCGUCGACGUGUCACCCGACGGGAAACUGAUUGCAACCAGUUCGUACGACCGAACCUUCAAACUGUGGCUGUCUGAGUGAUGUGGUCGUGGUGUCAGCGCAGACAGAAGCUGCAGCUCUGCUUUUUUUCUCCUUUUUUUUUUUUAAGUAAAAUAAAAAUUUACA